AUGACCGAGUCCGCAGUCGUCACGCACACCGGGAACAACACUCUCAAAGACGGAUGGUUCUCGGAAAUCUCCCCGGAAAUGUGGCCUGGACAAGCGAACUCGCUCGAGAUUCAGGAAAAACUGUACGACGCACAAAGCGAGUUUCAACACGUGCAAGUGUUCAAAACGUCCACGUACGGGAACUUACUCGUUUUGGACGGGUGCAUACAAGCGACGGAACGAGACGAGUUCGCGUAUCAGGAGAUGAUUGCACACUUACCUUUGUGCGCGAUUUCGCGGGAACCGAAACGGGUGUUGAUAAUCGGCGGCGGCGACGGCGGCGCGCUGAGAGAGGUGACGAGGCACCAGUACGUGGAGCGGGUGGAGAUGGCGGAGAUUGAUGGGAUGGUUCCGGAAGUGAGCAAGAAGUUUAUGCCGUACAUGGCGCGAGGGUUUGAGGACGAACGGGCGACGGUGAUGAUUUGCGACGGGGUGAAGUUUGUGGAGUCGUGCGAGGAAGGGACGUACGAUUGCGUCAUCGUGGACAGUUCCGAUCCGAUUGGGCCGGCGAGCGUGUUGUUUGAGGAGAGGUUUUUUAGAAGCGUGUUUAAAGCGUUGAAACCUGGAGGAGUGGUGUGCACGCAAGGCGAGUGUUUGUGGUUGCACGGAGAGUUGAUUGGGGAUACGUUGGAGAUGUGUAAGAAGGUGUUCGUCGGAGGCAGCGUGAGCUACGCGUAUUGCACGAUACCGACGUAUCCGAGCGGACAAAUUGGGUUCGUGUUAGCUUCGAAGCCCGAGGUAGAUGGGAAGACGGUCACGUUCGAACGGCCCAGUCGAGAAGCGCCGAAAACGAAAGAAGGCUCAACGCUGAAGCCUCUGAAAUAUUACAACUCGGCUAUUCACUCGGCAGCUUUCGUGCUUCCUGAAUUCGCUCGCCAAAUCGUCGAGCCGCAUCUCGUGCCGGGAAACGAUGCCGCCGCUUGA